AUGUCCCUGCUGUCCCCACGUCCCCGUGUCCCUUCUCCAGACGUGGCCACCUCGCUGACGCCGCAGGACAUUGGGGACACUGGAGGCAUUGGGGUCAACGAGGGCCGGAUGGCGCUGCGGCCGCAUGCCACGGAUGACUUCAACCACGGCGUGGUGCUGAGCGCGCGGCCCCUCGGGGACAACGAGCUGUUCCAGGUGCGCCUGGACAAGAUGGUGGACAAGUGGGCGGGGUCCAUCGAGAUCGGCGUCACCACCCACAACCCCGCCUACCUGCAGCUGCCAUCCACCAUGACCAACCUGCGCUCAGGCACGUGGAUGAUGACCGGGAACGGCGUCAUGCACAACGGCACCACCGUGCUGGACGAGUACGGCCACAACCUGGACCGCCUCAAGGCGGGGGACACGGUGGGCGUGGUGCGCAGGGACGACGGCACGCUGCACUUCUUCGUCAACGGCGUGGCGCAGGGCCCGGCCGCCUGGAACGUGCCGCCCAACGUCUACGCCGUGGUGGACCUGUACGGGCAGGCGGCGCAGGCCACCAUCGUGGACGAGGGAGAGGUGUCCUCGCUGGCUGGGGACGGCUCGGAGGGUGACAGCGGCGGUGGCAGCCCCGAGGGCGCGUCCCCGGGCGCGUCCCCGAGCGACCUGCGCUUCCACCGGCUGCACGGCGCCAACGCCGUCAUCACCAACGGCGGCCGCACCGCGCUGCGCCAGAACUGCCGCUCCGAGUUCAACGACGCCAUCGUCAUCUCCAACCGGGCCCUGCGGGACGGGGAGCUGUUCGAGAUCGUCAUCCAGAAGAUGGUGGAUCGAUGGUCGGGCUCCAUCGAGGCCGGUGGCACCGCCAUCCGCCCCGAGGACCUGGAGUUCCCCAACACCAUGACGGACAUCGACUACGACACCUGGAUGCUCAGCGGCACGGCCAUCAUGCAGGACGGGAACACCAUGCGCAAUAACUACGGCUGUGACCUGGACGCGCUGGGCACGGGCGCGCGGAUCGGGAUGAUGCGCACGGGGGGAGGGGACCUGCGCUACUUCAUCGACGGCACCGACCAGGGCGUGGCCUGCUCGGGGCUGCCACCAGAGGUGUACGCCGUGGUGGAUCUCUACGGUCAGUGUGUCCAGGUGUCGCUGACCGGCGCCUCCGGCCCCGCCGACAACAGCCAGAGCCCGGGGGCGGGGCCUGACAAAGCCCCGCCCCCUUCGCCAGCCCCGGGCCCGUGCCAGCGCUUCCACGGGCGCUGCGGGCAGAACGUGGCGCUGGCGGCCGAGGGCGCGGGCGCGGCGCGCGUGGCCGGGUACUGCCACGGGCUCGUCUUCAGCCGCUCCCACCUGCGCCCCGGGGAGCUCUUCGAGGUGGGGAACCGGCUGGGCGUGCGCCGCGGGCCGGACGAUUCCAUGCACCUGGUGGUGGACGGGCAGGACAUGGGGCCCGCGGCCACCGGCGUGGCCAAGGUACGCCUGGGCGGGGCCCAGGUGCACCACAACUACGGCGUCAGCCUGGACAGACUGACGGUGGGGAACCGGCUGGGCGUGCGCCGCGGGCCGGACGAUUCCAUGCACCUGGUGGUGGACGGGCAGGACAUGGGGCCCGCGGCCACCGGCGUGGCCAAACCUGGGGGGGACAAACACACACCUGGCACAGCUGGGGGGGUAAACAACACACCUGGGGGCACCUGGGACACCUGGGACAGACCCACGGCCACCGGCGUGGCCAAGUUUAUAUUUAUUUAUAUUUUUUCCCUCUCCCAGGGCCCCCCCACGUUCCUGGGGUGCCACGGCAGGAACAUCCUGCUGUCCAACGGCGCCCGCACGGCCACGCGCGUCUCCAGCUACAACCAGGGGCUGGUGCUGGUGGGGCCGCCCCUCCCCCCCGGCCGCCUCUUCCAGGUGCAGAUCGACGCCCUGAACCCGCAGUGGAGCUCCUCGCUGGCCCUGGGCGUCACCGCCGCCCCCCCCGGGCGCUCCCCCCUGCCCGCCUGCGCCCACGGCCUGAAACGGCCCGCCUGGAUCCUGCAGAGGAGGGCCGUGUUCCACAACGCCAGGAAGGUGCGAGACCUGCCCGGCCCCUCCCUGGAGCUGCUCCCCGCCGGGACGGUUUUGGGGCUCCUGGUGGACGGGGGGGGGCGGCUGCACCUCUUCAUCAACGGCCGCGACCAGGGCGCCGUGGCCGGGGGGGUGCCCAGCCCCUGCUACGUGCUGCUGGACCUCUACGGGCAGUGCCAGCAGGGCGCCGUGGCCGGGGGGGUGCCCAGCCCCUGCCACGUGCUGCUGGACCUCUACGGGCAGUGCCAGCAG